GAUUUGUCUCACGGGGCACUCCAAAAACUGAACUGAGAAACCCCAAGAAAGCUGCCUGAAUCUUCCUGUGUAUUCUUAUUCUACAUUGUGUGGAGGAUCAGACAAAUCGAACUGGUGGCUUUUGGUCUCCACCGGCCGUGGAUGCCUGUGACAUUAUGACCGCAGAGGAUUCCACCGCAGCCAUGAGCAGCGACUCUGCCACAGGGUCCUCUGCCAAGGUGCCCGAGGGCGUGGCGGGCGCGCCCAACGAGGCGGCGCUGCUGGCGCUGAUGGAGCGCACGGGCUACAGCAUGGUGCAGGAGAAUGGGCAGCGCAAGUACGGCGGCCCGCCGCCCGGCUGGGAGGGCCCGCACCCCCAGCGCGGCUGCGAGGUCUUUGUGGGCAAGAUCCCCCGAGAUGUGUACGAGGACGAGCUGGUGCCAGUGUUCGAGGCGGUGGGCCGCAUCUACGAGCUGCGCCUCAUGAUGGACUUUGAUGGCAAGAACCGCGGCUAUGCCUUCGUCAUGUACUGCCACAAGAACGAGGCUAAGCGCGCCGUGCGCGAGCUCAACAACUAUGAGAUCCGCCCCGGACGCCUGCUGGGCGUGUGCUGCAGCGUCGACAACUGCCGCCUCUUCAUCGGGGGCAUCCCCAAGAUGAAGAAGCGCGAGGAGAUCCUGGAGGAGAUCGCCAAGGUCACGGAGGGCGUGCUCGAUGUGAUCGUCUACGCCAGCGCGGCCGACAAGAUGAAGAAUCGCGGCUUCGCCUUCGUGGAGUACGAGAGCCACCGUGCCGCUGCCAUGGCGCGCCGCAAGCUCAUGCCCGGCCGCAUCCAGCUGUGGGGCCACCAGAUCGCUGUGGACUGGGCCGAGCCGGAGAUCGACGUGGACGAGGAUGUCAUGGAGACCGUGAAGAUCCUCUACGUGCGCAACCUCAUGAUUGAGACCACCGAGGACACCAUCAAGAAGAGCUUCGGCCAGUUCAACCCAGGCUGCGUGGAGCGCGUCAAGAAGAUCCGCGACUAUGCCUUUGUGCACUUCGCCAGCCGCGAGGACGCUGUGCACGCCAUGAACAACCUCAACGGCACCGAGCUGGAGGGCUCGUGCCUCGAGGUGACGCUGGCCAAGCCCGUUGACAAGGAGCAGUACUCCCGCUACCAGAAGGCAGCCAAGGGUGGCGGCGCAGCCGAGGCAGCAGUGGUGCAGCAGCCCAGCUACGUGUAUUCCUGUGACCCCUACACGCUAGCCUACUAUGGCUACCCCUACAACGCGCUCAUCGGGCCCAACAGGGACUACUUCGUGAAAGCAGGCAGCAUAAGAGGCCGGGGUCGAGGUGCAGCUGGCAACAGAGCCCCGGGCCCCAGGGGUUCCUACCUUGGGGGAUAUUCUGCUGGCCGUGGUAUAUAUAGCCGAUAUCAUGAAGGAAAAGGAAAACAGCAAGAAAAAGGAUAUGAACUUGUACCGAAUUUGGAAAUCUCUGCCGUCAACCCAGUUGCCAUUAAGCCUGGUACAGUGGCCAUCCCUGCCAUCGGCGCCCAAUAUUCCAUGUUUCAGGCAGCUCCGGCCCCUAAAAUGAUUGAAGAUGGUAAAAUCCACACAAUGGAGCACAUGAUCAGCCCCAUCGCUGUGCAGCCCGACCCAGCCAGUGCUGCUGCGGCCGCUGCAGCCGCUGCUGCGGUCAUCCCUGCCGUGUCCACGCCGCCACCUUUCCAGGGUCGCCCAAUAACUCCAGUGUACACGGUGGCUCCAAAUGUUCAGAGAAUUCCCACUGCUGGGAUCUACGGAGCCAGUUAUGUGCCAUUUGCUGCUCCAGCCACAGCCACGAUCGCCACACUACAGAAGAAUGCAGCGGCCGCCGCUGCCGUGUACGGCGGAUACGCAGGCUACAUACCUCAGGCCUUCCCCGCCGCUGCUAUCCAGGUGCCCAUCCACGACGUGUACCAGACCUACUGA